UACGUUCCUAACCGUGAGCAACCAAAGAAUUUGUUUCGUUUCGUUUUUGUUUUUCUGUUCUCUGUUUAACACCUUUUCUGUUGUGUUCAUUCAUCAUCAUCUGCUGAGUGUGCAAACGGCUAACGGCUAUCCAUCCGAACCAAAACCAAUUCAACCUACUUCCAUUCAGCGCCACAGCCUGUUCGGUGUUGGAAAUCAUUCUGUUUUCGUCUUCUCAUCAUCAGCAACAUCAUCAUCGUCGUCAUUAUCAUUCUCAGCUCGACGUGACAACACUCGAAUCGCGCCGCAACCCAAGAAAAGCCGCCAAAAUUUGUUAAAGAAAAAAAUAAAACAACGGGAAAAUUUAAUUAUUUAUUUUUGUUUUUUGUUUAACAAAAUUCUGCAACUAUUGUGUCAUCUAAACAAAACAACAACAAAAAACACAGCAAAAUUAAUUUCCAAUUCUGUGAAAAAUUGCCAAGUUGUCAAGUGUAAAGAUACGUCCGAAAAUAUCUUUGAAAAAAUUCAAAUAAUUUUUUAAGUUUUUUAAAAAAAAAUGUUGAGCAACCAAAAAAGCUGACAUCAUUACUUCUCACAAAACGAAACACUUCAGCCAAGUAUUUUGAAAAAAAAAACGAAAAAUCCGCUCCUUUCUAAUCGAACGCAGCCAAAAAAGAACAGUUCGUACCAACAUUAUGUGGAAUUAUUAACAAAACAUAACAUAACAAAAAAAAUUAAAACUAUCACCAAAAAAAAUUACAAAAUUUGACCCAAAAUAAAACUAAAUUUUCACUUUAGUGUCGCAGUGUCUGUCUUGUUUCGGAUUCCAAAUACUCGUACCGACCAACCAACAACAAAAAUACAAUUUUAAGAAUUAAUUAAAGAAACAUAACAAAAAAGAAUUAACUAAAAUAUAAUAAAUAGAGGUACCUCUACCUACUACCAACACAGAGUUAAAUAAGAAAAAAACAUAAUUUUUUAUAAAAAAAAAACCAACACACACACAGACACACGAACCUACAAAUUCGUUGGUAUCUUUCGUUCUCUCCCGCAGUUGGUGUUGUGUUGCUAUUUGAACACACAAAUGUUGGCAUAUAAACAAAAUUAAAAAAAAAACAAAAGAAAUCUGAAAAUUUAAAGCCAGUCGUUCGACAAAGAAUUCAAAAUUGAAAUUUCUUGAAAUUGGCAAAAGAACAAAAUUAAAAGCAACGGCGUUUUUUGUUUGAAAAGCAUUCCAAAAAGCAAGGAUUAAAGCCAGCCCCCACCAUCCUACAAAUUGAAAGUAUCCUCUCGAGAACAAAGAAAAAACACAGAAACAAAAACCAAACAGAAAAAAUGGCUUCCGAAUUGGAUCAGUUUGCCGACUUGGAAUUAUCGAAAGAGGAUCGCGAGCAAAUUUUCGAUCCGCCGUUAGAUCGACAGCAAAUGGAAGGUGCUGGCACCUCAAGUGUUACGACGUCAAAGAUUAUUAUUAGCGGCAUACCGCUGCAAACUCGAUUCCAAGACAUCGAACCUCUUUUGAAGCCAUAUGGCAUCGUCAAACAAUGUGAGGCUGUCUCUAGUAAGGACCCACAGACACAAACGGUUCACAUAACAUUCGAGAACCACGAACAGGCUCAAAGAGCCGCUGGUGGUUUGAACGGUGUCGAAUUCGAAGGCAACAAAUUGCACGCCGAGCAAUUGGAUAAAAACCAACGUCGCACUCAGCGCAAUCCACGCAAUCCAUAUCCAGGCAUGCCAGGUCCCGGACGCCAAGCGGACUUCCCGCUCCGCAUUUUGGUGCAAAGUGAAAUGGUUGGAGCCAUAAUUGGACGCCAAGGCAGCACCAUACGCACGAUCACACAACAAAGUCGUGCCCGAGUCGAUGUCCACCGAAAGGAGAAUGUCGGCUCCCUGGAAAAGGCCAUUACCAUUUAUGGCAACCCUGAGAAUUGUACAAAUGCUUGUAAACGUAUUCUAGAGGUUAUGCAACAAGAGGCCAAUGCCACAAACAAGGGGGAGAUCUGUUUGAAAAUCCUCGCACACAACAAUUUGAUCGGCCGCAUCAUUGGCAAGAACGGCAACACCAUCAAGCGCAUCAUGCAGGAGACAGACACAAAGAUCACCGUCAGUUCCAUCAACGACAUCAGCAGCUUCAAUUUGGAACGCAUCAUAACCGUCAAGGGAGCCAUUGACAAUAUGUCCCGUGCCGAAAACCAGAUCAGUUCAAAGCUGCGACAAAGCUACGAAAAUGAUUUGCAAGCAAUGGCACCGCAGAGUGUAAUGUUCCCCGGACUGCCGCCAAUGGCCAUGAUGUCCACACCCGGCAAUGGCAUGAUCUUCAAUCCCAGUAUGCCUUAUGCUCCCUGCCCCGGCUUCCCCAUGUCGAAGACUCCUGCCGCCGCUGUUGUGCCACCCGUCUUCCCCAAUGAUAUGCAGGAAACUACGUACCUUUACAUACCGAACAAUGCUGUGGGUGCCAUCAUCGGUACUAAGGGCUCUCACAUACGCAGCAUAAUGCGUUUCUCGAAUGCCUCGCUGAAGAUUGCGCCAUUGGACAACGACAAGCCAGUUGAACAGCAGACAGAGCGCAAGGUCACCAUUGUCGGUACGCCGGAGGGCCAGUGGAAGGCUCAGUAUAUGAUUUUCGAGAAGAUGCGCGAGGAAGGUUUCAUGAGUGGCACAGAUGAUGUUCGAUUAACUGUAGAAAUCUUAGUGGCCAGCUCACAGGUUGGUCGUAUUAUUGGAAAGGGUGGUCAGAAUGUACGAGAAUUGCAACGUGUCACCGGCAGUGUCAUCAAAUUGCCCGAACAUGCGCUGGCGCCAACAUCGGGUGGAGAUGAAGAGACGCCCGUGCACAUUAUUGGUCCAUUCUAUAGUGUUCAGUCGGCUCAAAGACGCAUUAGAGCCAUGAUGUUGUCUACAAAUCCUCCUCCUGUAACCAAAAAACAAAAAGCUGCCAAAGAACAACAACAACAGCAAGCUGCUCAAAGCUCAUCAGGCAGUGGGUCGCAACAACAACAGCAGCAGCAGCAACAACCAUCACAACAGCAGCAGCAACCGCAGCAGGGUGCGAGUACAAAUCAGUAAGAAGCCGUAGAGUACUGUGGGUGUAAAAGCAUUUAUUAAAAUUUAUUUUUUAUUUUAACAAUUUAAAAAAAAAAACAAAUCUUUUUUCGUUUACAUUUUUGAAAUAACGCGCCCCUCCUACAUACUACACAUAAAUAUUUACUAUAACAAAAGAAAAGAAAAGAGAAAAAAAAACACAAAAAAAGAGAAAGAAUGAAAGAAACAACAACCAGAUAAACCCCAUUAUAGACCACCGCCAGCCAAAUCACUCUCUUGUUUUAGGUAUCAAUCGUCUCUAUUCGUAAGCCGUUAGACCGAUCGAUCGAUCUGUAAGAUAAUGAGUGUGUAAAAUGAAUGUUACUAUUUGAUAUAGAAUUGAGUUGAAAGUUCACAUCACAGAGAAACAGAGAAAAGAAAAAUAACACAUUUCACAAAGGAUAUACUCGUACAUGCAUAAAUAACCCGGUCUUCUCUCACACAGUAGAAUCCACUACGUUGAAGCUUAUUAUUAUGAAACAACACUCGUAUCUUUUCCAAAUUAUACCCAACCGUCGUAAUUAUUUAGAAGUCUAACAUGAAAAUUAAAACUAAUCCCCCCACCCCCCCCACUCCUACUCGCAUCAAUAUUUAUACAUACAUACAUAUAUAGAAAUCAAAUAAUAGCUUCAACUAUUUUUGGAAAAAUGGAAAACACCCAAUAAAAGCUUGCUUAUUCAAAAUUAAAA